AUGGCUAUGGAGGUGGGGACCCAGUUGGCUGAACAGCCACCGAUGAGUCCAAAGGCUGAACCGAAGCCUGAGAAGAAGUCAGGGCACAGGCCAAGGAACCAUGGGGACAGCAGGCCACAGAAAGAACCGAUGAUCCCAGGGAUCGUGGAUUUCGAGCUGAUCCGAGAGGCACUGAGGACCCCCAUACCCCAAACCCCUGGUGCCUACCACUUUGGCUGCCUCAGCCACCACUCCUUCUUCUCCCGGCACCACCCCCACCCCCAGCACGUGACCCACAUCCAAGAUCUCACCGGGAAGCCUGUCUGUGUCGUCAGGGACAAGGUCUCUCUGGCCGCUUUGCCUCACGCCGCAUUCUUAUCCCGCUGUCUGAUGGGGAUGCCUACCAUCUCUCUCCCUAUUGGAGACCCACAGUCCAAUCGCAACCCCCGGCUUUCUUCUGAGGCCUGGAGGAAGGAGUUGAAGGACCUGGCUUCCCGGGUGGCCAUCUUCACCAAGGAGAACCAACUGAAGAACAAAGAGAAAGAGGAGCCUCAGCGGGAGGAGGGGGCAAAGUACUCUGCGGAGACUGGUAGGCUCAUCCCUCCUGCCACCCGAGCUGUCAGCCGCCGCCACUCCCGCCGCGGCCGGCAGAACAAUGCUUCAGGCCGAGAUGGAGGAGGCCAGACCUUUGUCCUUCAGGAUCAGGAGCUGCUGAUCCUGGAGCUCCUUUGUCAGAUCCUGCAAACAGACUCCCUGAGUGCCAUCCAGUUCUGGCUUCUCUCCGCUCCCUCCAAGGAGAAAGACCUCGCACUCGGGCUCCUGCAGAUAGCCGCGGCUCAGCUCCUUCCUCAGCCCCUCGUCUCCAUCCCAGCAGAAAAGCUCCUGAACCAGCUCCAGGAAGUCCAAGAACCACCUCCAGAGAGGAAACAGCCACCCUACAGCCAAUCUCCGAAGAAGACGAAGACGCCACCUCUACCAAGGAGGGAGAAACCAGAGAACAUUGGGAAAGCCCAAGUCCUCCGGAUGCAUUCCAGCCAGAACAUGGAAGAGAAACCGGCAAAGCCAAAGGCAGAGUGCUGAGGACCACCAGCCUCUCUGCCCACCUUGCUCAGGACCCGCGUUCGGGGUUGCUUCUGCACCCACCACUGCAACAGCGAUACAUACUUUCAUAUCACAUGGAGUCUAUUAAAACACUGUCUUCC